AACUCGCGUUUUGACUCUUCUUCUUCUUCUUCUUCUUCUUCUUCUUCUUCAGUUCUUUCAUUCUUGCAACCCAAGCAAUCCAUUUCUCUCUCUCUCUCGAGAUCAUCAAUGGAGGUUGAGCUCGCCGGAGCCCCGGGAUGGUCUCAGCUCAGCCGGGAUCUCAUCGAGGUCAUCUUCUCCAAGCUCCCUCUCCGAUCCCUUGUCCGCUCCGCCGCCGUAUGCCGCCACUGGCGCACAGUUGUCACCGACCCCUCCUUCCCUUCUCCCCAUCGUCGUCGCCCUUGGUUCUUCAUCUACGGCCACAACAACGUCUCUCCUCACCUCAAUCAAGCCUUUGCCUUCGAUCCCGACGAUUCCGCCGCCGCCUGGGUUCCCCUUCGUCUUCCUCUCUGCCCUCCUGAUUACUUCUCCGGCUCCGGCGGCUUCUUCCUCGCCACCACCUCUUCUUCCAGUCUCCUCGUCUCUCCUCUCCCCCGUUCUCACCUCUUUCACCCAACUCCUCCCCUUUCCUUUCCCCGAUCUAAUCCUCUGGUCUCCGUCUUCGCCCCUGGCCCCAAACUCCUCGUCGUCGGUGGUGCACGCCUCAUCGGUGGCCUUGUCGAUAUUGAAGCCCCUCUCGCCACUGAGAUCUUCGAUCCUUCCACCGAUCCAUCGUCCUGGCAACUCUGCCCUCCUCUCCCCCACGAUUUCCGAUCCGGCAACUCCUCUCAGUGGCUCUCCUCCGCUCUCGUCUCUGGCCGCCACUUCUUCGUCCACGGCAUCUACUCCUCCCUCAUCUCCUCCUUCGAUCUCCACCUCCGAUCCUGGUCCCCAGUUCGCCUCCUCCGUCCUCCCGGCGUCCUCUUCUCCUUCCUCCUCCCCUCCCGCUCCUCCACCCUCCUCCUCGCCGCCCUCGCCACCAACCCCGACGCCUCACCUUCCCUCUUUAUCUGGUCCGUUGAUUCCACCUCCCUCGCCUUCGAUCGCAUCGGCGCGAUGCCACCGGAGAUGCUCUCCCAAUUAUUCGACGGCGGCGCCGACGACGACAGCCGCUUCGCCAGCCUCAAGUGCGUUGGCCUCGACGGCCUCGUCUACGUCUUCAACGAGGAUCACAGCAAGGCCUACCCUGCCGCUUACUGCCAGGUAGAUGGUUCCACGUGUACUUGGAGACUCGUGCCUUCGCUUCCCUUCCCCGUCAAUCGCUUCCACAAGGUCAUCGCCUUCUGCUCCCCAGUUCCUCUUGCUUCCCUUUUUCCCAACUUUUCACUUAUUUAAUUUAAAUCCUUUAUUACUUCUGUUUUCCUUAUAUUAUUAUUUAGUUCUGCUUUUCUUCUUGUUUCUAUCAUAAUUAGUAUGCUUUUUAAUGCUGUUUGUCUUCUUGUUUUUGCUUGCUUGGUGAUCAAUAUACGCCUUGCUUGAAUUAGAACUCAGUUAAUUUUCAAGAGGAAAGUAAUUACUGGUUUCUUUGUUGUUGA